CAUUUUUUCAUUCUCGCGCACCAAAUACGCAGUGCCCUUAUACCCCUAACAUCCCCUCUCCCUUCCCCCCAACACAAAAUGGUCGCCGCCGCCCGCCCCCUUGUCACCGUACAAGCCCUAGAGAAUGAUAUGGCUACUGAUGGAGCCUCCUUGCCCCUUCCUGAUGUGAUGAAGACAUCGAUCCGCCCGGAUAUCGUGACAUUUGUUCACGGUCAGAUCUCCAAGAAUGCCCGUCAGCCUUACGCCGUGUCCAAGCGCGCCGGCCACCAGACCUCUGCUGAGUCAUGGGGUACUGGUCGUGCUGUGUCGCGUAUCCCCCGUGUUCCUGGUGGUGGUACUCACCGUGCUGGACAGGGGGCCUUUGGAAACAUGUGCCGUGGUGGUCGCAUGUUUGCUCCUACCAAGAUCUGGCGCCGCUGGCAUCGGGCAGUGAAUGUUACACAGAAACGUCAUGCUGUGGUUUCUGCCAUUGCCGCAUCUGCUGUUCCUUCACUGGUACUUGCUCGUGGGCAUAGGAUUGAGGAGGUUCCUGAGUUGCCUCUUGUUGUUUCUGAUUCAACUGAGGCUCUGGAGAAGACAAAUGCUGCUAUGAAAAUCCUUAAGCAAAUUGGAGCUUAUACUGAUGCUGAGAAGGCUAAGGAUAGUCUUGGUAUUCGCCCUGGAAAGGGUAAAAUGCGUAACCGCCGCUACAUUUCUAGGAAAGGCCCUCUGGUUGUUUACGGUACUGAGGGUGCAAAGCUCGUGAAGGCAUUCCGUAAUAUUACUGGUGUUGAGGUAGCUCAUGUGUCACGACUCAAUCUUCUCAAACUGGCUCCUGGAGGUCAUCUUGGGAGGUUCAUCUCCCAGUGAUUUAUCUCUGUUUGCAGUCUUCUAGAACCUGUUUUGUUAUCAUUUAUUUGUUUUACUCGUUUCUCUUGUUUUUUUCUGGAUUUUAAGACAUCAAGGCGAUCAUAUUUGAGGGGAAUUACAACAAUAACGUUUCUUCAAUUAAGUUCUCGGACUAUCCCUUCUUUAUAAUUUGGUGUCAUAAUUUAUGGCUAGUUUGAGAAAUUUUAGUUCAGGAAUGUCAAAGGAUUUUACAUAUUAUCUUAUUCAUGAACCGUUGUUUGCUA